AUGGCCUACUCUCCAGGGCCCCCAUCGCCCGGCACUGGGCCCGCCUACCAUGGCGGACUACAACGAGGGCGUUCCACCAGCCCAACUGGCGGGGCGUCAGGUCCGAUCUCAAAGCGCGACAAGAGAAGAUCGGCUUUGCAAGAGCGUCUUCACGAUCUUACGGCUACAUUUAGCCAAAAUCGCGACGCCCAAUUCCGCCAGCAGCUUCACUCUCUCCAAUGCGAUAUGACCCUCAUUAAUAAUGCCGACCCUUACCAGACUGGUCUGCUGCAGGACUCCUCAGAUGAUAUUGCGCAAUUGAUUGAGGAUACUGUCGGUGGGGGAAAAUUCGCCAAGGAGAUGGCGAGUCUGUCGGGGACUUGGUAUGCGAAGUUUGUACAGGAGGUGAAUAAUGUUAAGGAGCAGAAGGAUUCGGAUUUGACUCAAGUCAUGAACCGGCACCAAAAUAGCCUCGAUCGUCACUGGAGAGAAUACGACUGGCGAGUACACUUUGCCAAAGAGGAGUUCAAUCAGCUAUCGGGCACGCUUCGCGAGCGCUUAAUGCAAAGUAUCUCGAGCAAGCGAACUCGCCUCAUGCGCGAAAAAGAACAACUCGAUAUCGCCGACACGAACGCCCUACUGAUGCACCCGAACCAAUUCAGCAUCACCAAUCCCGCCAGCCCCGGCGGCAUUCACAGCAACCGCAAAACUCGACACACGCGGCACCGCGUGGAUUUGGACGAGUUGGGCAACGGCAUCGUCUCCGAGUUGAAUAAGCGCAAGCGCAAGGCGCCUGAAGAAGAUGUCGGAUCUCCCGUGCGGGACGCGGGCGGCACAACCCCGGCCGAGCGCUCCAAGACAUACCUUGAGAAACAAAGCGCACCUACCUACUCGAUGCAUUCGCUCUUCACAGAUAAGGAAUUGAGCGCGCACGCGAACCAGGCGCACGUUGCGACCAUGCACUUCUUUUCCACCUCCAAGCGCGCUGACCAGGGCUCCGGUGCCGUGACCAACGGCAACAACACCGAUGCAGAGGACACCCCGGAAAACACUGGCCACGAAGAUAAUGGCACACCCACUGCAUCGGACAUGAUUCGUACCGCCAGCCACAAUUUCCACGCCACACGCUCGACCCGCACAACAGCCGCGCACAGCGCUCUCAGUGCCUUGGCCGAUCUUGCCGACAAGCCCGCUACCCGCCCAAGCCUGCCCUACCACGUCCUCGCUGGUCACCAGGUCCGCACAACGGGCAAUGCACCGCCAUUGACAUCCCUGCUUAAUGAUGAGGCGGAAGACGACUCUAUGCGCUUCGAUCGUCUACACAGUAAGCCUGCUAGCUGGAUAGAUACAUCCUUGAUCGAACUUGUCACUGCGCCGCUCCCAUCAGAGCCUGUUGAUGGCCACCCUCCUAACCCGGGCCGCAUUUCUUCCCUGCAUCCCGAUUUCCCGCCUAGUCUGAACAUCCAGCUCCAGCCCGCGCGCCAGCAGCCAGGUUUCGAGAUGUUCCCUUCCAUCGGGAUGGAGCGCGAGCGCAGCAGCAAGCGGACUCGGAAUCACUAA